AUGUUUUCAGUUUUUAGCCCUUGUAGCGAUCUAUUGCAUGUCAAAGGCGCAGUGUUUCUUAUGGGCACAGUGUUUGUGAUGACAUUAUUAUCAAAUGAAAAAGGUAAUGGCGGGGAUGAGUUAGAAGAAAAAGAUAAUUUAAAGAAAGGGCCAUGGACAGCAGAAGAGGAUAAAAUUUUGAAGGAAUAUGUGAAAAACCAUGGAGAGGGGAAUUGGAAUGCAGUUCAAAAGAAAUCAGGACUUGCUCGUUGUGGAAAAAGCUGCCGUUUUCGAUGGACAAAUCACUUGAGACCAGAUUUGAAGAAGGGUCCCAUGAGUAAAGAGGAAGAGCUUAAGAUCAUUGAACUCCAUGCUGAUAUGGGGCCCAAAUGGGCUAAAAUGGCUUUGGAGUUGCCUGGACGUACUGACAAUGAGAUAAAGAACUAUUGGAACACAAGAAAAAAGAAACUUGAACGAGCUGGCGCACCAAUGUACCCUCCUAACAUACACCCACGUGUGCUUAAUGCCACUCAACAAAGUCUAAAGGGUUCCAGCAGCCACCAACAAGCAGAUAAAUUUGCUAUAAUAAACAACAACCUCAGUCAAGAACUUCCACCAUAUGUAUCACCAAUCAAUUAUAUAUAUGAAAGCAACACAUUUGAACAAGGUCCAAGCUCAUCAUCACAUUUGUACAGCACUAAUAUUGUUGCCCCAGUAUUAGUUGAUUAUGAGCAAUAUGCAGGUUUAAAUGGCACUUCCUACAUAGCUGAGGCCAUGGUAUCAGACCUACCUCCACUUCCAUGCAGGCCUGCAUCUCCUAUUCUUCCAUCAGUAGUUGAUGGGUCUCUCAGUAGACUGAUUCAGGAUCCAGAUUCAAUAACUCCCACCAUAUAUGGGGAAAUGACUCAGAUAGAACCAGUUUCUCCACGCAGCAAUGGUUAUUUGGAAUCGAUACUCUACCCUCCAAAGAUUUUGGAAGGCUCGGGUAAUAAGAAGAAUUCAUCUCAUCCCUAUGAGAAAGAAUUGGAUGAGCAAGGGAAACAUUCGAACCCCAAAGAAAUUACAAGUCUGGAUGAUUUAGCUGAUUUUGUUUGGUUAGAGAAUGAAGCAGUGAGUGACAAGGAUCAAUCUCCUCCUGAUGAUGAUUUCUUCUCAUUUUUUGGUACAGAUUUCAAUGGUUUAUUAUAG